UCGAGGUAAGAGCGUUGGCUUCCUGAUAUGUAUUAGAGCCACAUCAGCUGUUGCCUUAACGCCCAUGUGACAAGGGCAGCGGGGCGGCAUGGAUCUGCCGGGCUUCGUGUGCGUCUUCUUCGCGGCCAAGAACGUACACUUGCUCACAGCCUUCCUGUGUUGGAGAUCAGGUGAGGUCGUGGGUAUGUGGCGCGAGUGCGCGGCACGCGGCGUGCGAAUGCGCGUUGUCGGGUGCUGCCGGCUCCCGCCGCUGCCCGCCGCCGGCGCACACCGUGAGGGCGUGCUGAUAGACGUCCAUUGUCCUCAUACUAAAAUGCUGCUCGACAAGGCAUCGGUCGCGCACGCGUUUAAUCACCGGUACUCCUGGCUAUUACUGGACACGGCGGCGUCGGAGGCGAACGGGUCGACGGCUUGUGGAGCGGAAUCAAGGCCGCAGACCAUGUUGGGGACCGCCGCUGUGCUGCCCGACGCGGACGUGGUGUGGGUUACGCGGGCAGCGGCACUCGACGUGUACCGUGUGGCAGUGGGCUGGCCCCUCGUGGGCACCGAACUGCCUUCGCCAAGUGCCUCGGCGCUGGCAGAGUGGACCGCGCUGCCCGCUUCGGCCGCGCGCCGUCGAAACCUUGCCGGCGUGCGCCUCAGCGCGGCCACUGUCGUCAGCCGGCCGCAGCAGUUCUCCGGCUGGACGGACGUGAGCAGCCGCGCGGUGGACACUUUCCCCAAGCUCACCUACCCACUCAUGAUGCUGCUCGCCGAGGACUUGAACUUUCGGUGAGCGUAUAUUGAACCCGUAGAUGCUUACGGCGAGGAGCGCAACGGCACCUUCACCGGGCUGGCUGGCCUACUGGAACGCGGGAUCGACAUCGGCGUCGCCUCCAUGUUCAUGCGUGCGGACCGAUGGCGAGCGCUGCACUACGCCGCCGAGACCGUCGAACUCAAGGGCGCGUUCAUAUUCCGUCAGCCAUCGCAGUCGGCGGUGGCCAACGUGUUCGCGCUGCCGUUCAGCCGCGGAGUGUGGGUAGCGGCCGGUUGCGCGUCGUGCGCGGCGGGCGCGCUGUUGGCGGCGCUGGCAGCGCUGGCACGCGUAGCCGCCGCGCCCGACCCUGCACUCGCCCGCCUUACGCUGCCGGACUGCUUCACCUUCGUCGUCGGCGCCAUCUGUCAGCAAGGGUCGGAGCUGGCGCCGCGGCUGUGGUCGCUACGGCUAGUGAUGUUCUGCGCCCUGCUGUCGUCACUGUUCACAUUCACCUCGUACGCGGCCAAGGUGGUGGCCAUCCUGCAGGCACCUAGCGACACGCUGCAGACCAUCGACGACCUGACCGACUCGCCCUUGGCGCUGGGCGUGCAGGACACCACCUACAAGAAGGUUUACUUCGCCGAGAGCGAGGAGCCCGCGACGCAGCGGCUGUUCCGGCGCAGGCUGGCGCCGCUGGGCGAGCGCGCCUACCUCGGCGUGGCGGAGGGCGUGGCGCGCGUGCGCACCGGACUCUUUGCUUUUCAGGUGGAACAGGGGUCAGGGUACGACGUCAUCAGCAGGACGUUCACGGAGCGCGAGAAGUGCGGCCUCAAGGAGAUCCAGGCCUUUAAGCUGCCCAUGGUGGCCGUGCCCAUCCGCCGCCACUCCGGCUAUCGAGAUCUGGUGGCCUCCAGGUUGCGGUGGCAGCGCGAGGUGGGGCUGAUGUCGCGCGCUCGGCGGCUGUGGAUGGCGGAGGCGCCGCGCUGUGGGGCGGGCGGCGCGGACGCGGCCGGCGUGGGGCUGCGCGACGUGAUGGGGGCGCUGCACGCGCUGCUGGCGGGCGCCGCCGCCGCCUGCGCGCUGUUGUUGGCCGAGCGGCUCGCGCACGCCUCGCGCCUCUCCCGACUACGUAGAGAAAGAACGACGCCAACAUUCAAUAGUUAA